AUGGGCUUGGCCGCGCAGCCGCCAGAAGAGGACAGCGAGGCGUGGUGCACACAGCCGUGCCCGCGGGACGUGCGCCCAAGGGGUCUGACCCCAGGUGGCCAGCAGGCUGAGGGUCGGGCGGACCGGCUGGGGCGGACGGAGCGGCGAGUCCAGCAGCCUGGUGGACACGGCUACCAGGACGGGCCCUCGUCUGCUGCUGCCUCCGGGGCAGGGGAAGGGCCGAGGUGGUGGCUCCUGGGGGCCCAGAACCUGGCCCGCCUGGGGGUCCCCGCAGAGGCCCGGCAGGAGCCAGGGGGCUCCGAGGCGGCUGGGGCGCCCGGCGUGAGGGCCCUGCCUCCGCCGCCCCCACAGGCCCCGCGGCCCGUCAGUCCCCGGUUACCGGGCUCCGAAGCCUUCCAGGCCCAGGCCACCAGCAGGUUCCUGUUUGGGGCCCAGAUGGGCGGCCAGCACCCCACCUGCCACUCUGCUCCCCUGCGCCUCCUCCCGAGCGACGCGGGCAGUGGGCGACGUGAGGGCCUCUGUGGAAAGAACGCCUUGAUUGCCCCCGGGGGCGCAGUGCCCAGUCUGAGGGCCCAUCUGAGGCCCCGGCGGCGGCCGCGGGGCCUGGCAGAGACGCCCUUCGGCAAGUGCGCAGGGGGCCGAGCCAGCCGCCCGCAGGAAGGGCGCCGAGGCCGGACCCGCGCCGAGGCCCUGGACCCGCGCCGAAGCCGGACCCACGCCGAGGCCGGAAGCUCGCACACGUGCGGCAGCCCGCCCGAGGACUUCUGCCCGCACGUGGGCGCGCCGGGCACCGGGACGCAGUGCCGGCGCUGCGACGCAGCCGACCCCCAGCGCCACCACAACGCCUCCUACCUCACCGACUUCCACAGCCAGGACGAGAGCACCUGGUGGCAGAGCCCGUCCAUGGCCUUCGGCGUGCAGUACCCCACCUCCGUCAACCUCACCCUCCGGCUGGGGAAAGCCUACGAGAUCACCUACGUGCGGCUGAAGUUCCACACCAGCCGGCCCGAGAGCUUCGCCAUCUACAGGCGCAGCCGCGAGGGCGGCCCGUGGCAGCCAUACCAGUUCUACAGCGCCUCCUGCUGGAAGACCUACGGCCGGCCCGAGGGCCAGUACCUGCGGCCCGGCGAGGACGAGCGUGUGGCCUUCUGCACCUCGGAGUUCAGCGACAUCUCCCCGCUGAGCGGGGGCAACGUGGCCUUCUCCACCCUGGAGGGCCGGCCCAGCGCCUACAACUUCGAGGGGAGCCCGGUGCUUCAGGAGUGGGUCACCAGCACCGAGCUCCUCAUCUCCCUGGACCGGCUCAACACGUUUGGGGAUGACAUCUUCAAGGACCCCAAGGUCCUGCAGUCCUACUACUACGCCGUGGCCGACUUCUCGGUGGGGGGCAGACCCUGCAUUUGCGAUCCUGCUGGCAGCCUGGGCACCUGUGACCCCCGCAGCGGGCGCUGCCCCUGCAAAGAGAAUGUGGAAGGCAGCCUGUGUGACCGGUGUCGCCCCGGCACCUUCAACCUGCAGCCGCUCAACCCGGCCGGCUGCAGCAGCUGCUUCUGCCACGGCCACUCCAAGGUGUGCGAGGCCGCCGCCCACUUCCGGGUGCGCCACAUCCUCUCCAACUUCCGCCAGGGAGCCGAGGGCUGGCGGGCCAGCAGCGUGGGCCCCGAGCACCCAGCACGCUGGAGCCCGGGGGGGCUCCUCCUGAGCCCAGAAGAGGAGCUCACGGCACCAGGGAAGUUCCUGGGAGACCAGCGGUUCAGCUAUGGGCAGCCCCUCACCCUGACCUUCUGGGUCCCCCCGGAGGGCUCCCCACCCCCCGUGCAGCUGAGGCUGGAAGGGGCAGGCCUGGCCCUGAAUCUGCGCCACUCCGGCGAGUCCGGGCCCCCGGCGGCGGGCCAGCCGGGCGAGGUGCAGCUGCAGUUCCGGUUGCAAGAGACCUCCGAGGACCAGGACGUGCACGCUCCGCUGCCGGCCUUCCACUUCCAGCGGCUGCUCGCCAACCUCACCGCCCUGCGCGUCCUCGCCCGAGGCCAGAGCCCAAGCCCUUCCGGCCAAGCACGGCUGACAGAGGUCCGGCUCACCUCGGCUCAGCGGGGACUCUCGCCCCCCGCCUCCUGGGUGGAGACCUGCUCCUGCCCCGAGGGGUACGAGGGCCAGUUCUGUGAGUCCUGUGCCCCAGGAUACAAGAGGGAGACCCCACGGGGGGGCCCCUAUGCCAACUGCGUCCCCUGCACCUGUAACCAGCACGGCACCUGUGACCCCGACACAGGGACCUGCCUGUGCGGCCACCACACCGAGGGCCCCUCCUGUGAGCGCUGCUCGCCGGGUUUCUACGGCAACGCCUUCGUGGGCCACGCCGACGACUGCCGGCCCUGCCCGUGCCCUGGCCAGUCGGCCUGCGUGGUGAUGCCCGACAGCAGCGAGGUGGUGUGCACCCACUGCCCGCUGGGCCAGAGAGGGCAGCGCUGUGAGGUCUGUGAUGACGGCUUUUUUGGGGACCCCCUGGGGCUCUCGGGGCCCCCUCGGCCCUGCCAGAGGUGCCAGUGCAGUGGGAAUGUGGACCCCAACGCCGUGGGCAACUGUGACUCGCUGUCUGGCCGCUGCCUGCGCUGCCUGCACCACACGACCGGCGACAGCUGUGACCGCUGCCGGGAAGGCUUCUUCGGGGACGCGCUGGCCCCGCGGCCCGCCCACAAGUGCACGCCCUGUAGCUGCAACCCAGAGGGCUCGAUCGGGGAGCAGAGGCCCUGCGACCCAAGGACCGGCCAGUGCCCCUGCCUGCCUCAUGUGACCGGACGGGACUGUGGCCGCUGCAGCCCCGGCUUCUACGGCCUCCGGCCUGGGAGGGGCUGCCUGAGCUGCCAGUGCCAUCCGCUGGGCUCCCAGGAGGACCAGUGCCACCCCAACACCGGGCAGUGUCCCUGCCGCCCAGGCGUCGGGGGCCAGGCCUGUGACAGAUGCCAGCUGGGCUUCUUCGGCUUCUCCAUCAAGGGCUGCCGGGCCUGCAGGUGCUCGCCGCUGGGUGCCGCCUCGGCCCAGUGCCACGAGAACAGCACGUGCGUGUGCCGGCCCGGCUUCAUGGGCUACAAGUGCGACCGCUGCCAGGACAACUUCUUCCUCACGGCGGGCGGCACGCGCUGCCAGGAGUGCCCGGCCUGCUACUCCCUGGUGAAGGAGGAGACUGCCAAGCUGAAGGCUAGGCUGGUCCUGAUGGAGGGGUGGCUGGAGGGAUCUGACUGCGGCAGGCCCUGGGGACCUCUGGACAUCCUGCAGGGAGAGGCCCCCCGGGGAGACGUGUACCAAGACCACCACCUGCUGCAAGGGACCUGGGAAGCCUAUCUGGAGCAGAUGACAGGCCUGGAAAAAGCUGUGAAGUCUGCCCAGGAGCAGCUGCGGGGUCUGCGGAGGCAUGCCCCCUGUGGCCACGCUGGCACCAAAGCCUGCCUCCAGCUCGCUGACCUAGGGGCGCUGCUGGCGUCCUCUGAGGAGGAGAUCCUGCAUGCCGCCACUGUGCUCAAGUCUCUGGUGAUGGCCCAGGAAGGGCCUGGCCAGCCCACCAACUGGAGCCAUCUGGCCACAGAGGCCCGCACCUUGGCCAGGAGCCACGAGGACACCGCCGCCAGGGUCCAGGCCACGGCCCGGAGGGCCCUGCUCGCCUCCAACGCCAGCUUCGAGCUCCUCUGGAAUGUGCUGCAGGGCAGAGCGGCGCUGCAGGCCCAGGGGGAGCUGGAGGACAGGUACCAGGAGGUUCAGGCGGCCCAGAAGACGCUGGACACAGCCGUGGCAGAGGCGCUGACCACAGCUGAAAGAGCACUGGCCACCGCGCAGCGCACGGGCACAGACGCGACCCUGCACCUGGCCCUGCUCGCCACCCCUGCAGCACCGCACCAGGAGUCUCGAACCCGGGAUCUGGGCCUGAGGGCGCAGGCCCUGGAGAGGACGGUUGCAUCGAGGGAGCACACAGUCACCGAGGCUGCCCGGGCCCUUGGGGCCUCCGCCCAGGGCCUGCUGCACAAGACGGAACCACUGGUGCAGCUGCAGCAGGAGGCCAGAGCCGCCCUGACCCGGGCUUCCUCGUCUGUCCAGGCUGCCAUGGUCACCGUCACCGGAGCCAGAACCCUGCUGGCAGACCUGGAAGGCCUGAAGCUGCAGUUUCCUAGGCCCAAGGACCAGGCUGUGCUGAGCAGGAAGGCAGGCACUGUCCGGGACCGGCUCCUGGCAGACGCGGAGAAGAAGACCAAGCAGGCAGAGAGGAUGCUGGGAAACGCAGCCUCUGUCUCCUCCAGUGCCGAGAAGAAAGGCAGGGAGGCCGAGCUGUUGGCCAAGGGCAGCGCCAAGCUUGCCAAGGCCCAGCUGAGGAGGGCCAAGCUGGAGCACCGCCGCGCCAGCCGGCUCUCGGCCCAGACACAGGCCACCCUCCGCCAGGCCUCCCGGCAGGAGCUCACCUUGGAAGCCCAUAGGCGGGGCCUGCAGGAAGCCGAGCAGGCGGGUGCCAGGUUGAGAGAGACGGAGCGGCAGAUCCGGGAGUCCCGAGUCUCCCUGGAGCAGGACAUCAAGGCCUUGUCGGAGCUGCUGGCCAAGCUGGGGUCGCUGGACACCCGCCAGGCCCCAAUGCAGGCCCUCAAUGAGACCCAGCAGGCCCUGGAGCAGCUGCGGCUGCGACUGAGUCCACCCGGGGCCCUGCAGGGGAAACUGAGGCUGCUGGAACAGAGGUCGGAGCAGCAGGAACUCCAGCUGCAGGACUUCGAGAACGACCUCGCCGAGAUCCGCGCUGACAAACAGAACUUGGAGGCCAUUCUGCAUAGCCUGCCCGAGAGCUGUGCCAGCUGGCAGUGACCCCCACUGGGCCCCACCCCACCCAGCCCCCCGCAGGUGCACCCUGAUAGUACACACACGCACACGCACACGAGUCCCUCAGCCCACACUCACCGACUGCCCGCCGCCUACCGGGCCAGCUCACAUGCCCUGGGCAGUAACACUCCCGUACCUGCUCCUGAAAGCGGCCCCUGGCCAGCUUGGCACCGGGAGUCCGAGAAGGGCCAUCUGGAGAGACCUGGGUGGGUCCAGAAGAGCCCCCAGACCCCAGCUUUCUGUUCCAAGGCAGCGCCAUGCAGGCCACAGAGCAACGGGCAGCCCAGGGCUCUCACCAAGACCUGACACCCGGGGCCGAGGGGCCACAGGCAGGGCAUGCCCUGCCCCCACGGGGUAGCACUGGCUUCCAGGAAUACUUCGACCUCAGGCCCUGCGCGGGGCACAGCGGAGCCCCUGUUCUGGCACGGUGCCCUCUGGCCCGGUGCCCUGCCCACAGAGCCGGGCUUCAAGGGCCUCAGGACCCUGGACCGGGGACUCUGAUGGGUGCCUGGGGGCACCUGGCUGAACUUUGACCAAACCGGACAGGCCCUGUGACCCGGAGGGAGGCCCAGCUUGAGGCCUGGAGGCCUUUCUGGUCUGUCCUGUCCCGGGAGCCCCCUCUGGCGUCUGCCCAGGAUCCUCUGGUAUUUCCUCCUGGCACUGCUCCCCUUCCUGGGCCUCUGCCGGCAGAGACGGGCCUUGGCACAGGCCACCAGGGGGUGGGGCACAGCCCCUCAUACUGCACUUCCUGGCCCAGCACGGGGCAGCCGGGCACAGACCAGUGUUGGUCACCGUGGAAAUAAAGGCUCCGUUACCCCGG